UUAGUAAACUAUCAAAGUGAAAGCAUGUUAUUAUUUUAGUUUAUUUCCGUAAUUGUACCAAACUCUUUUUUCGUCAUUUUUAUUUUACUCAUGACUGUCCAGUAGGGGCGGUAGGACAUGGGUUCUGAAGGGUUCCUGGUAUGAGGAGAAGAAGAGAGAAGAAGACAGGAACAUGGCGGCCUCCUUAGACCACGUUGAGGUUCCGUCUACAGAGACAGAACCCCCAGAAACAAGCAGAGACCCCGAAACACCCGAGUCGGAACCAGGGGCCCCGGAGCCAGACUCUGACCCGGAUGAGGAGGAUUCCGAGCCGGCAGGUCCAAGGGUCCGGGAGACCCCUGAGGACAUCCGGCUGGAGGCUAUCGCUAACACGGUGGCUCUGCACCCCACCAGGGACAUGCUAGUUUGCGGGGACGUGGACGGGGACGUGUACGCCUUCUCCUACUCGUGCACGGAGGGCGAGAACCGGGAGCUGUGGUCGUCUGGGCAUCACCUUAAAUCCUGUCGCCAGGUUCGCAUCUCGGCGGACGGGCUAAAGCUGUACAGCGUGUCCCGGGACAAGGCCGUCCAUCAGCUGGACAUGGAGCGGGGACAGAUGGUCACACGGAUCCGGGGUGCUCACCAGAGCCCCAUCAAUAGCCUGUUACUGGUGGACGAGAACAUCCUGGCCACCGGAGAUGAUGGAGGAACCCUGAAGGUGUGGGACAUGAGAAAGGGGUCGGCCAUCAUGGACAUGAAACACCAUGAAGAUUACAUCAGUGACAUCACCGUAGAUAGCGCCAAGAGGAUCCUACUCACCGCCAGUGGCGAUGGCACCAUGGGCGUCUUCAACAUCAAGAGGCGGCGGUUCGAGCUGCUGUCCGAGUACCAGAGUGGCGACCUGACCUCGGUGGCCGUGAUGAAGCGCGGUAAGAAGGUGGUCUGCGGCUCCAGCGAAGGAACCAUCUACAUCUUCAACUGGAACGGCUUCGGAGCCACUAGCGACCGCUUCGCCGUCAAGGCCGAGUCGGUGGACUGCAUCCUCCCCAUCACCGACAGCAUCAUGUGCACCGCUUCCAUGGACGGGUACAUCCGAGCCAUCAACCUCCUUCCCAACCGGGUCAUCGGCUGCAUCGGUCAACACGUUGGUGAACCCAUCGAGGAACUCGCCAAGUCCUGGGACUCCCGCUUCCUGGUCAGCUGUGCCCACGACGAGCUCAUCAAGUUCUGGGACAUUUCUGGUUUACCCAAGACAACCGUCACUGAAUACCGCAAGAGGAAGAAGAAAGAUGGCCGCUUGAAGUCCCUAACCAAGAAGGCCCACGGCGACAACGACUUCUUCUCAGGACUUGUUGAGGAAACGGAGAAGAAGGAGGAGGAGGAAGAGGAGGAAGAGGAGGAGGAUAGUGACAGUGAUAGUGGCAGUGAUUAAAAAUCUUGGUCCUGUUUGGACCUUAUGAAUGAAUGGAUCCACCCAAAGUGCCUCAACGUGUCUGGAGAACGUACGCUAGCAUGGAUGGUGCUGUGGUCCACGUUAGCCGAUACUAGAUCCCUGAUACUGGAGGUCCUACACCGUGAAGCAAACCACCAGAAUUACCUAACGGACGUUAGUGUUUGGUGGAGCCACCGCUGAAUUCCUCAAAAAUAUUCUCAUGUUCGUUGGCGUAAGAAACCAAAAUAGUCUUCAGUCUGAAAUUGUUUAACUAGGAGAAGAUGCUAUUAGCUGGAAAGCUAAGAAGCUAAUAAACAUACUAUUAGCUGGGAGGCUAGGAAGCCAAAAAGCUAAUAGAAGAUACUCUUAGCUGGGAGGCCUGGAAUGUAGGCGAUUUUGAAGAUACUAUUAGCUGGGAGACUAGGAAGCUAGGAGACGGGCAAAAUACUAUUAGCUAGCCUCCCAGUAUAUAGUAUCUUCUCCUAGCUUCAGAGCCUUAUAACUAAUAGUAUCUUCUGCUAAUAACUGGGAGAAGCUACUGUUAACUGGGAGGCUAGGAAGAUAGGAGAAGGUGAACUUACUUUGAGCUAGCAUAAUAUUUGCUAGUCUCCCAGCUAAUAGUUGAUUCCCCUACCUUCUUAGCCUGAUAGCUAGCAUCUUCUCCUAUUAACUGGAAGAAGGUACUGAUAGUUGGGAGGCUAUAGGAAGCUGCUAUUAAGAUACUCUUAGCUGGGAAGCUAGAAGACGGGGAAAACACUUUUAGCUAGCCUCACAGGUUAUAGUAUCUUCUCCUAGGCUCCUAGCUAAUAGCAUAUUAUUCUAUUAACUGGGAGAAGCUACUAUAAACUGGGAAGCUAGGGGAAGGUGAAGAUACUGGUAGCUAGCCUCUCGACGAAGAGCCCUCCCUUUAGGCCUGUUUGAAUGAUGACUUACUGACUACUGCCACAUUAAAACUUUUGUUUACAUUUUUUUUCAAAGAUAAUUUGGAAGUUUGUAAUAUAUUGUAAUAACAAUAAACCAAUAUGUAAUGUGUUAACAUGAAAUAUUAGGCGAUAUGUUUCUGCCUUUAAUCCAGAUAAAGUUUAUCCACUGAAUUCUGGGUUCAUGUGCUGGAAAUGUGCUGGAAGUAUUUCUUGUAAUUACACUUAUUAAAAGUGUUAAAAAACA